AUGCAAGCAAAGGAAGAGGAAUGGAGAGAGGAUGUGAGCCUAGUUCAACAAGGUCAAGUGUUGGUUCUUCUAGAGCACCAACUGAAUCACAAUCAAGCACAAAGAGAGGAAGAGGUCGACCAAGAGGUUCUACAAAACAGGCUAGUGCUACUGGAAGGGGAAGAGGAACUGCAACUGGUAAUGGAACAGGGAUUGGUGUUGCUGCUGAUAGUUCUGAAGGGAACUGGUGUAGCUGUUAUUGCUACUGAUGUUCCUGGUGCUACUGGAGGAGGGAAGAGGCCAAGAAUGGUUGGAAUGGGGAUACUACAUACACAGAGUGGUUUUACAAUCCACAAUCCUGGAAUGCCUAUGAACUCUUCAAUAGUGACUGGAAAUCUUGGGCAUCAUAAACCAAGAUCAGGCUUAAAAUGGAAAGGAAAGGCUGCUGUAACUCAACAAGGUCUUCAAGAGAUGAGAGAAAACAAAAGAAUGAGAACAAGGUCCAAUGCUGCUGAACUGUGA